AUUUCAGAAAAAAUGGAUAAUGAAGACGACACAAAAAUGGAUAAUGAAGACGACACAAAAAUGGAUAAUGAAGACGACACAAAAAUGGAUAAUGAAGAUGACACAAAAAUUGCUCUUGAAAAUGAUAUGAAGGCAUUUACUAUGAGAGACUCUGAUCUUCGGCUUCUAGAAAAACAGAAUUCACGCUUUGUACCUGAAUUCAAAGCCAACAAACUAGAGGUGGACGCAGCUCGUAAUUGGGAUUUGUUCUAUAAAAGAAAUCAAACCAAAUUCUUCAAGGAUCGGCACUGGACAACAAGAGAGUUUAACGAACUUAUAGGGGAACCUGGUUCAGUUUCUGCUGAUGAUCAGAAACCUGACAAGUGUCAGGAUUCUAUGCAGGGCCGCCAGAAAACACUGUUAGAAGUUGGCUGUGGAGUUGGAAACUUUGUAUUUCCACUUCUAGAAGAUAAUUUGAACUUGUUCAUCUACUGCUGUGAUUUUUCUCCAAGAGGUGUAGAGUUUGUAAAACAGAAUGAAAACUAUGAUGAGAAAAGAAUAAAAGCUUUUGUAUGUGAUAUUACAACGAACAAGUUAAUAGAAGAAUUAGGAGAAGGGAGUGUUGAUAUUGUUAGUAUGGUGUUUGUUCUUUCAGCGAUUCAUCCAGAUAAACAUAAACAGGUUCAUUCAUUCUAUAUAAUACAUUUAUAUAAUAUAUUUAGAUUUGGACCUGGCUCUAAAAUAAGUGAAAAUUUUUACACGAGACAGGAUGGAACAAGAACCUAUUUCUUCAGUCCUGAGUAUUUAGAGAGUGAAGUUUCUAAGACUGGACUCUGUAUUCUGGAGAACGGAAUUAUACAUCGUAGAACUGUAAACAAGAAGGAGGGAGUAGAUGCUGCCAGGAUAUUCCUUCAGGCAAAACUCCGAAAACCCGAAAUAUUGUGAAAACAUAAGAAUUGUUUCUUCAAGAGGAAAUACAGAAA